AUGGACGAGUCGUCGUCGGUGCAAUCGGGAUCGGGGUCGGGAUCGAGGUCAGGAUCGGCGGCGCUUGAGGGCGACCGGAGGACAGCAGUGGUGGUCGAGUGGCGGGCGCUGACAGCCGAGGAGCUGGACGAGGCACUGGCGGGCAAGGUGAGGAAGGUGACGCAGGUGUUUGCGCUGCCGCGACUGGUGGCGCUGCGGGUGCUGCAGCGAUACAGAUACGAGACAGAUCGGGUGGUCGAGGCGCUGGUGAGCAGGCCCGAGGCUGUGGCGGCGAGCGUUGGCCUGACCUCGUUGGACGAGCUUCAGGGUGCAGGGCCAGGUAGUGAGACCGGGCCAGCUGAUGGCGACGUUGUCUGCGGCGUUUGCUACUGCGAGGUAGCGAUGAACGAGAGUCACACGCUGCGAUGCGGGCACCGGUUCUGUUAUGCUUGCUGGAGGAUACACGUGGAGAUGGAGGUUCGCGAGGGCCGGGCGGCGGGGCUGGCGUGCAUGGGCUCGGAUGCGGUGUCGAACGCGCGGUGCAGUGUUGGCGUUGACGACUUUGUGGUGGAGAGGUUUGUGCUUGGCAAAGCACGCGUUGCGGGGCGGUACAAGCGGUUCUUGCGCGAGUCGUAUGUGUCGGGCAACCCGUACAUCAAGUGGUGCCCGUUUGAGGGAUGCGAGUGCGCGGUUGAAGUCGAUCUCCACGACGCAGCCGUGAGUGUCGAGUGCCACGCCGGACAUCUGUGGUGCUAUCGGUGUAGCCACGAGGCGCAUGUGCCGGCGUCGUGCGAGCAGGUCAAGACGUGGCUGACAGAAGUGCGUGAAGAGUCGGCCAACGACAACUGGAUCGUGGUCAACACCAAAGCGUGCCCCAAGUGCGGGGUGGCGACCGAGAAGAACGGUGGGUGCAACCGCAUCGGGUGCGCCAAGUGCUCGAUCCACUGGUGCUGGCUGUGUGGGAUCUCGUCUCCAACGCCAGAGUUGAUCUACUCGCACGGUUGUGGCAAGUUUGAGGAAGAACAAAGCGAGACGAUUCAAACGCGCAAGACGGCGGCGGCCGAGAUGGCGCGCUUCACUCACUACGCCGACCGGUACAACAAUCAUCAUGUCUCUCGCGAGUUUGCGCAGAAGCUUGCAGCGUCGCUCGGGAACAUGAUCACCAGCAGCAGCAGCAGCACGACUGGCGGCGGAAGUAGCGAGAUGCGGCGGACCAUGGCGGAGCAGCUGGCGGGAGCAGCAAAGGCCCAUCUCCGGGCGCGAACAGCGCUCAAGUGGUCGUACGUGUUUGGGUUCUACUGUCGACGCGGGACGCGGCAGCUGGAGCUAUUUGAGUUUACGCAAGAGGCGCUCGCCAAGGAGGUGGAGCAACUGGCGUCUGCUCUCGAAGACGACGAAGACAACGUCGAGCCCGCUGACGUCGUCCGGCUCGCGCAUCUAGUCGAGCAUCGGCUGGAUGGCAUGCAGAGAACGGUGGCCGAGGGCAUGCAGAUGGCUGCCGAGUCGGGCGGGGUACAAGAGAGUAGUGAGGCUGGCCCGAGGAAGCGCCGGCGGUUGUAG